UGUCAGUUGUUGUUGGGGCCCCUACCCUCGAGCUUCUUGACGCCCGAUCCGUUGGUUGUACAUGGUGGUGUAGUCGGGAACGACCAUCAAUCAUCGAUAAUGAGUUGAGAUAUCUGGGAGAUGAACAACAAGCGAGUGUCCGUUGGAUUGAUGAUAUGAAGGUAUCCUCAAAACUGCCGGUUUUGGAGCGAAGCCAUGUUCGACCUUUGAAUAAUAUUUCCGGAAGCCGAGAUUUGUCGAGCACCAAGCCACAUCAUUCAAUGUCAUCGUCAGCCAAUAUCAUCUCCCAUCCGACACUCGAGUCAUACAUGCCAACGUUCCUUCUGCUGUUUUCCAGGUGUCAGAACUUCACUCCAACCCAACUUUCAAAUGCUGAAAAGAAUUGUUCUCGCAGCGUCCAGACCUUUCGACCUUCAAAUCAAAGUGAACAGGCAGAGAUAUCAAUAUCCACGCGAUACAAGCGACCUCGAAUCACCUAUCCUCUCAUGCUGUAUUAUAGUAACACGGCAUUUUCUCCCUCCGUUUUCCAGCACAGUACCUAUCUUAUGCAUGUGAUGCGUUCAAUGGGGCGAAACUCGAGUAACACAAACCUUCCACAUCGUCCAUGUCCCUCUGUCGUCCCGCACCAUUCAUGUCCCAAUCCCGCGCCAUGGGUGCCGUUGGUUGUGUGCUUACUGUACUACGACUGUCCUGCUGUCCUGUCGUACGUUGUUCGUCCCGUGUCUCUGGAACCGGUACUCGGUAGCGAAGCGAGCAAAACCGAGACGAGCGAACCACGGCACUGGACAUGACCGCAUCAAAUUCGGUUCGGCUGUUGGGAGAUGCAGGGAAAGCAAAGC